AUGGCCGCUCCUCCGGCGAUGAAAGAAGACGGAGAAUAUAGAAACUGGGCGGAGCUUCCGGAUGGACUGACGUCAUCGAUCCUGAGCAGGCUCGACACGGUUGACAUAUUGGAAAACGCUCAGAAAGUGUGUACAUCAUGGCGUCGUGUUUGUAAAAACCCUGCCAUGUUCCGGAAGAUUGACAUGCGUAACUCUGAAGAUAUGGGGUACAGCAUCGAGAUCAUUAAGAUUGUCAUGGGUAUCUCUGGAGACAACCUCGAGAUCAUGUGCCGUCACGCAGUGGAUCGUAGCCAAGGAGGUUUGGUUGAGAUUAACAUUCGCCAUAUCGGUUCUGAUUCUCUCCUCAACUACAUCGCCGAUAGUUCAAGGAACCUGAGAAGUCUCAAAGUUGCAUUAAUCCCCACGAUAACAAUUGGGGGACUUACAGAAUCACUUGUGAAGCUUCCUUUGCUUGAAGAACUACAAGUCUCAUACAGCACACUCUGGGGAGACUCUCUGAAAAAAAUAGGGCAGUCUUGUCCUAAGCUGAAGACACUUUUGUUACACUGCUUUGGAAUCGCUGGCGUGUGUGAUGAUGAAGAUGCUCUAGCUAUCGCUGAAACAAUGCCUGGACUUCGCACCCUCCAACUUCUAAGUAACGGUUUGACAGACGCUGGUCUAAACGCUAUUCUUGAUAACUGUCCUGAUCUGGAAAAUCUUGAUUUGAGUCUUUGUCUCAACGUUUUUCUUGUUGGAGAUUUGGAGAAGCGUUGUUCGGAGAGGAUGAGUGUUUUUAUACGACCUAAUGACUCCACUCAUGAGUGA